AGCUCCGCUCCGCUUCGCCCCAAAAAAUGAACAAGGACUCGUUGCUCUUACAUAGAGUGAAAGAAAUUGGCCACCUCGCAUUUGCAGCAGGUAGCCCAGGAGGCAUCAAAAAAGUGCUCCAGUUUAAAAGAAAUCCAAAAACCAAAUGAGCUGCGGACUCCUACGGUGAAUGGGAGUCUGAAUGGAGGGGCAGGGGAGUUUAAAUUAUUGAACAAAAUUAUCUGUCACCAUCGUUGUUGUUGUCGUUUAUUUUUUCAACCGAUUACACGGGUAUAAUACACAAUGGGUGCUCGUUUGUGUCGAAUACGAUCGCUCUCGUUUCUCACUCCUGUUGGCCUCUUCUCUUCCCAUUCAUCGUUCUAUCGCUCCCUCGCUCUCUCUCUCUCUCUCUCCCUCUUUCUCUCUCCUCUCUCUCUCUCUUUCUCUCUCUCUCUUUCUCUCUCACUGUCGCUAUCUUUUCUUGUGACACUCGGCCGUUCUUUUCAUAUCGUAACCGAAACUGGCCCAUGUUGUACUAGUUUGAGCCUUCAGCUGAUACUUCUGAUUUAAAUGUGCCCGGCGAAAAGUAUCCAUUCGCCUAAAUCGCCUAGUGUACAUUCAGAAAUAAGCGUUAUAAUGUGAGUAAUUAAAUCAUAAUUACGACGAUAAUAUUGACCCCAGUAGUGCACAGUGAUCGCCGAGCGAUAAAUCGAUAAAGGAAAACUCGAUCCUGGUAUGAAGUAUGGUCUUAAUCCAUUCUUGAACGGUUCAUAUCGCUAUGCGUUAUGCAGAGAAUCCUUGAUUUAUAACAAUGCAUACCCGUAACACACUCAAACACACAUAACAUACACUCUCAAACUCACAAACACGCUAGAAAACCGAACCGAAAACAGGAUCACCAAGCUCGGAAGAUCGUUAGGAUAGGAAUGUAAAUAUGAACUUAACAGUUGUGGGGCGAAACGUAGCUGGAAGGGAAGGUCCCAAGUUAGGAGACAAGAGACGUGAGGCCGCAGACAAUUCAACAUCAGCAAAGCAAAUGAUCAACUACUACAACUACACUUCUACAGCAUUCACACUACUACUAAUAGUAUAGUCUACUUUUGUUGCUAUUACUGCUAGUUCUACCAUAUACAACAACAACUUGACGAUGGUAUGGAACCUGAACUUGAACAUAACUGCACACGACGAGCAGAUCAAAGGGGAAUGUCGAAAAUCGCUUGCACGAAAUGGGUAUUAAGAACAAUCGGGUGUUCGUUGUACAGGUGAAUUCGAAAACGUAACACUAGCUUUGAGGUCUCUACGAUUAUCCGGGGAGUUGACUAUUUGUACAGAGCGGACGCACUCGGAGGCAAUCGAAUCGGUAGCAGACGAAGCCAGCCAGGUGAUCAGCCAGUUAAACGAUGAUGGACUAGUGCAAGACGUGAGACUAAAGGAAACAAUGAAGCGACCACAAAUCUUUUCCCACCAUUAUGAAAUUGAACAUAUUUACAAAUAAAUUAUUGAACAAAAACUGACGAUUCCCCGAGCUACGGUCCAGUGGUUGGGGUAAGUCGCCACGAAACAAUUGCCAUUCCAGAUUAGUAUAGUUGUGGGCAUGUGUGAAUGUGUGUCUGGAAAAUGCAGAAAAUACUAAAUCAAAGUAGACCAUGUUUGGUUAUAUGCUUUUGUUACGAAGGAGAGAAGCCAUCGGAGGCGUUUAAAAUGCUGCGCGGGCAUCUUUCAUCAGGACACCUCAUCUCUGAACUGUUACCCUUUUUCCAAUAUUUCUGACUCACCUUUCCUUUCGGUCAAUGCAAUAGAUACCACAUUUCGUCCUUUGUUCUCACAUUCAUUCACACACAAGUGCAGACACACACAAACAGCUAGAGUGGAAAAUCGGCGAGGAUAACAUCAUAGCCGUACAACAGACCACUCGAAUCAUGCAUUUGAACAGAUCGUAUUUGCAGAAGAAAAAUAAAUGCAAAGCUAACGGCAGCGUCCAGUUGAUAGGGAAUUAUCUAACAAUCUAGCUAACAAAACUAAGUUAAAACAAUAAUCGACAAACAGAAACACCCAAGUACAGCACUUACAAACAUGACAAAUAAAAUGGGACACCACAACCAUUGACCAGUGAAAGCAAGAAGAAGAAGGGAGCCCCUAUCCUUAGCUAAUCGUUUAGCCGUGCAACUCUUCUGUGCAUCUGUGCACAACGGCAGUUCUGAUAGCGAUGGGCAGCUGAAGCUUGUUUCCAAAAAAAAAACACUCAAGCAAAGUAUUAACAAAACAACUGAAACCAUCGAGAAGUCGCCGAAUGUGCAGUAAGCAAACUAAAAAACUAAACACAAGCAAAUCUUAAGAAGAAAUGGGUGAGGAGGUGGGUGUAACCGAUCGUGAUACCUGGGUGCCGUUCGCGUAAGGUGACUGCAUCACGCUCACCCGCCUUGUACUAUAGUUCCACGUAUAACAGACCCCUCCCCCUUUGGUUCCACGGAAAUCGGCAUCAUACGCGUACACACUUGCUCACGAGCUAAAAACACGUCAC